CCCACCCAAACCUCACACCGGUAGAACCAGGGAGCAGCUGGCAGGAUGGGGGCUGCAGCCGCAUGUCCCUCAUCUGGUUGCGCUUCAGGGCUCACUGCGUUGGGCUGAGAUCACUGGAGAGGGACUGGAAGCCUGCAGAGGGGCAACUUGCAACAGGCAGAGCUCUCCACUAUUGUAGAUGGGGCGCUGGAUAUGCUGCCUUUGCUCCAGAGUUGCAGAUUGGUUGAUGCUGCUCCUGGUUUUGGCUCGGAGCUCUAACCCUUCCGCAGCAGCAACAGCUUCACCGUCUGCGCCCCACGUCAGACCCAGCUACAGCUUUGGCCGCACUUUCCUGGGACUUGAUAAAUGCAACGCCUGCAUUGGGACGUCCAUUUGCAAGAAGUUCUUUAAGGAAGAAAUAAGGUUUGACACCUGGCUUUCUUCUCAUUUAAAGCUGCCCCCCAGCUACCUGCUCAGCUACUUGGGCAACUACACCGACGAUGCCCAGAGCUGGCGGAUGGUCGACAUCACCCGCCUGACCACCAAGUACCAGCAUGACCGGGCUGACCAGCGCAUCUGCACCUCCCUGCUGAAGACCAAAACGUGCAGCCUAGAGCGGGCCCUGCGCCGCACCCACCGCUUCCAGAAGUGGCUGCGGGCCAAGCGCCUCACACCCGACCUGGUGCAGGGCCUGUCCAGCCCCAUGCUGCGCUGCCCAUCCCAGCGUCUCCUAGAUCGGAUUGUACGGCGCUACGCUGAAGUGCCGGAUGCUGGCAGCAUCUACAUGGACCACCUCACUGACCAGGACAAGCUGCGCCUCCUGUACACACUGUCAGUGAAUUCACACCCUAUCCUCUUACAGAUCUUCCCCGACGUGGAGGGGUGGCCCUUCCCACGGUACCUGGGCUCCUGUGGGCGGCUGGUUGUCAGUGCCAGCACCCGGCCCCUGCGCGACUUCUUCAGGGCAGCCCCUGAGGUGGCAGCGGACCUGGCCCUCCAGCUCCUCGCCGUUCUCCGCUCCAUGGGCACCAACGACCUCAACUAUUUCUUCUACUUCACCCGUGUGGACGCUGGCACCUUCGGCGUGUUCAGCAAUGGGCAUCUGUUCAUCCGGGAUGCCAGCACACUGGGCAUCAUCGACAAGGAGGAAGGGAGCCAACCGAUUGAUGGCCAGCAGGAGUAUAAAGAUAUCUUUAGCUGCUUGACUGUGGAAUGCCAGUCUGCAUUUGUGUCCUGUAAUUCUAUCAGAGAGAAGCAGAGCCUCGUCAUGGUUUGUCAAGAGCUUUUACCUAAGCUCCUGAAGGGGAAAUUCCUGCCACCUGUACAGGAGAAAAUAGACAGCUUCCUACAGCACUGUGCGGAGGGCCUCACAGACGACCAGGAUGUCAAUGAGGCAAUGACAAAGCUUGCACAGCUCCUGAAGCCUCUGCGGUCUUGCGAUUCGCGUUUUGCCUACCGCUACCCAGACUGCAAAUACAGCGACAAAUACUGAUGGUUUUGGAGGAAGGGUGCCCAAGAAGGAUAAGGCAGGGCCAGCCCCAACCAGUGUAAGAAGACGGAGAAACCAGGGUAGCUGAAUGGAACUGCACCAACUCCAGGGCUUCCUUGCAGAGAUGGAGGAAUUGGGAGCAGAGUGCACACAGGAUUUAUUGUUCAUCUCCCGGAGAUGCAUUUGUUACUUGCGAUGUUAGAUGUGAUGUAAGGCUUAUGGAUUAUAAACAUUAUCGUGAAUGACAGGGACUACAGGAUUAAUAAAUCUUCUUCAUGUAUUUUGGCCUUGGAAGAGUUUUCCAUGCCAUCCAUUAAAGAGAAGGCCUCUGAAGGCAGUGUGCUCACAGCUAGCCAGAUAGGGGAGUUUUAUUGCUGAGAACGUCUUCCUGAUCGAGAUGAUAUGUACAUAACGUGAGAUGGAUGGAAGCAUUUAAGACUUUCCUUGUGGAGAUUUUUAAUGCUCUAAAAAUCAUAGAUAAACUGAGCCACCUGAUGAGUUCCUUACCUUCAUCCAUCACAGAUCACUUUUAUGGAAUAUUUAAAUUUUAUUAAUUUUAUGGCACACAGAACAGAGGAACACAAUCAACAGCAUUAAAGAGCUGAAAGACC